AUGUUGUGUAGAAUGGUGAUGGUGAACGGCCGCAAAAAGAAAGCCGGUUUGGUUCCGGUUUACCUGAAUGUAUACGAUCUCACACCCAUCAAUGGUUACGCUUACUGGUUAGGACUCGGUGUCUACCACUCUGGUGUUGAAGUUCAUGGGGUUGAGUAUGGUUUUGGAGCAAACGAGCAUUCAACAACGGGGAUCUUCGAGGUGGAACCUAAGCAAUGUCCAGGUUUCACAUUCAGGAAGUCUAUUUUGAUAGGGAGAACAGAUUUGGAUCCUGAACAAGUUUGUGCCUUUAUGGAGAAACUUGCUGAAGGGUAUAGCGGAAAUACUUACCAUCUCAUUACAAAAAACUGUAAUCACUUCUGCAAUGACGUUUGUGUUCAGCUGACCAGAAGAUCUAUCCCUAGUUGGGUUAACCGUCUUGCUCGCUUCGGUUUGUUCUGCAACUGUGUUCUUCCAGCAGAGCUGAAUGAGACAAAGGUGAGGCAAGUGAGAUCAAAGGAGGAGAAGAUUUCAGAAGUGAAGAAACUUAGGAACAGUUCAAGUAGGUUUCCACCUAGCUCUUCUCUUUCUUCAACAGGUUCUAUAAACCGAAGAAGAAAAAGAAGAGGUGAAAGGAGAAGACAGUUUCUUCCUCCAACACCACCUGUGAUUGCUUAG